AUGGUCUCCUUGCUUGUCAAAGAAAAGCUGUAUGUCAAUGAAGUUGUUCUCGGCACCGCUGUGGGCGUCAUCUUCGGCCCGUACUGCGCCGACAUCUUCAACCCCCGUGCGUGGGGGGGCGACAUCAACGUGAUCACACUCGAAGUCAUGCGCGUCACCCUUGCCACCGGCCUGUUCGCCAUCGGGGUCGAGCUGCCCCAGUCCUACCUCGCUGACCAUGCUAUGGGUCUGCUGGUCAUGGUCGUACCCACCAUGGCCUUCGGUUGGUUGGUUGUGGCGGCAAUCGUUUUCGUAGUAUUUCCCCCCAUCAACUUUGUCUCGUCGCUCGUUAUCGCUGCAUGCCUGACACCGACCGACCCCAUUAUCUCCGCCGCUAUCGUUGGAGGGAAAUUUGCUACAAAACAUGUGCCCCUCAACCUCCGCCAGAUAAUCGCCGCCGAGUCGGCGGCCAACGAUGGCCUCGCAUAUCCCUUCCUAAGCAUCUCUAUCUAUCUCACAGUAGAAGCCUCCCGAGGCGUGGCUUUCGAGAAGUGGUUCCUCAUUGGCUGGCUAUGUGAGUAUGCGGUUACAAGCAUCGCAUUCUCGUACUUGAUGAAGCUCACUCACAGGAAGGGCUUCAUCGACCGCGAGUCGUAUGUCGCCCAGUACCUAUCCCUUGCUAUCUUCACUAUUGGCGUGGCUCGCACGUUAGGGGUCGAUGAUUUGCUUGCUGCGUUCGCUGCAGGUUCAGCAAUCAGCUGGGAUGGGCACUUCAACUCUCAAGUAGAAGAAGAGGUUUUCUCCUCGGUAAUCGACCUCAUCCUCAACUGUGGCUGUUUUGUGUACAUUGGGGCCUGGAUGCCAUUCAACAUGUUCAACGCGACAGAUCUCAGCAUCACCCCUUGGCGUCUCGUAAUUAUCUUCGUUGCAGUUAUGUUCCUCCGCCGCAUCCCGUCACUCCUCUUCCUGUACCGAUGGGUACCGGAAAUCACCACGUGGAGGGAGGCGCUGUUCACUGGACAUUUCGGCCCGAUGGGUGUCGGCGCCAUCUUCAUCUCGACUUUGGCUGUCACCGAGCUGCCCGUGCCUGAGUCUCCUCCGGCGAACCAAGCCCAGCUGCUCGCUGCCACUCUCCAGCCUAUCGUUGCGUUCGUAGUACUAGGCUCCAUUCUCAUCCAUGGGCUCUCCAUUCCGUUCUUCUCAUUCGGCCGCAGGGUCCGCACCCGCACCCUCUCCAUCACUCGCACUUGGACCGCGCGCAACGCACCAGCACCUGACUGGCUCCUCUGGGCGCGUCGCACUCCAGGCGACCCCGAACCCCCCUUCCCAACCACGACCCAAACUGACGUCGAGCGUGGCACAGUCGAGGAGGGCGUAACCCAGGCCAUCGAUGGCAGCAGCGAUGAAGACAAGUCGCGCAACAUGGACAACGUGCCAGAGCUGGGGCCCGCGGCGCUCGUCAGCGACGCGACGGCCGUGCCCCCGCACCACGCGCACGCACGCACGCCGUCCUCGUUCUCCUUCGGCCUCAUGUCAGACAGCCUCGCCGCCGAGGACCGCGUGCCGGGUUCGAGCUCGGCGCCGAGCAUUGAGGACGCUCCGGCAGCGAGCGUGGAGGAGCUCCUCGAGCCGUCUGCGACGCCGCCGCUCGUGGGGAGCAAGUCCGUGUCGGGCACUGCCACGCCCGUCUCUUUCCGCGCGGUGCGCUUCCCGCCCGAGGACGAGAUGCGCAAGUACCUGGCGGAGCGGGGCCUGGCCGCGUCCCCGACCUCCGCUCCUGGUUCGCCGCGCACGGUGCGCUUCCCUUCGGAUGUCGUGGCUGGGUUCAGCAGUGGCGCGAAGGAUGCGUUGGAUGGCGACACAGGAGAGGCGGAUGGAAAGAACGGUGCUGCGUCCGUGGCCCAAUAA